AUGCAGGACACUUGGAAUCAUCUCCUCCUAGUCUUAGGCCUUACAGCCCCUCAAGUCAUGGCGUCACUCAUGAAGACCGCCGCAAUCACUUCUCCCACGCCCACCACCAUGGUUACCAUGAUGUCUGCAAACCCUGUUGCCAACGAGUCUCUCGUCGAAGUUUUUGUGUACCCAGUGCCCACCACCAGGCCAACCCUCUCCGUCAUCUACGACCACAAAGUCCCAGCACCCACGCCCGGCUCCGUUGGUAUCCUCAACGGCAUCCCCACCAGGAUCCUCAACGACACCAUCAAAGAAACCACUCCCAUCCUCGCCGACGCCGAACACUCCCAACUUUACCAACCCUGGAACACCUCCUACCCCGGCCCCAUCAAAGACGGCGACUGGGCCAAAUACCUCCAAAUAUGGGACCCGGUCUGGUGGUCCACAAACCUCGACUCCCUCCGCCAAAUCUCCUGCAUCUGCUCCGCCGAAGACUACAACACCAACCCGCAAGCCCAAGUCGCCGCCUACAUGAACUUCGAAUACUAUUCCCAAAGACUCGACAACAUCUACAACUUCGACUGGGAAUGCGGUCCCGCCCCAUCGCACAUGAACCUCGGCGAGCGCAUCACGAGCGCCAAGGACCGAGCCGAACACUGCUGGAGCAUGGCCGGCGGUGACCCGGACGAUCACCAAUCCCUGCCGAUGCACGACUGGUGGUGCGACCGCAACGAGGAACUGUGCGUCAAGCCGUGGCACGACGGCCAGCGGUCCUUGAAGUUCCACGGCCACGUGCGGAACUACGACCGUCACGGCGUGCAUACUUGGUCCGAGAUCCAGCAGGUCGUGCGCGAUGUGUGCGAGCCGGUCUGCACGGACAAGUUCCGGAUGAGGUUUGAUGAUUUCAGUCAUCAUAAUCCGAGCUUCGUGACGACUUUUUGGCCGGCGAAGCCGAUUGAUUUGACGGUCGUCGGCGAUUGA